AGCUGCUAUCACCUACCGACCAUCUGCUGCGCUUCUUUGACAGGAGAAAUCAAGAUGCCGACUCUCCCGCCAAUUGAGCCCUCAAGGUCUGCGUCGGGUAUUGUAACAGACCCGAAUACGCUAGAGAGGAUCGUGCCCGCAACUCGGCGUGCGGACGGGACGUGAGUACUAGUGUCUCCGUCUUCAUUCCUCCGCCCUCAUCCUCCUCCUCUCCUUCCCUUGUCGCUCCUUCAUGCACCGUCAUCUCCCCCUCUUCCCUCCUUUCCUACGUACUCCUUCACUCUAUCCGAACACGCUAACGCUAACACCGUCCCGCAGCAUGCGAAAAGAACUACGCAUCCGGCCCGGCUUCACACCGCAAGAAGACGUCGGCCUCUUCCGUUCCCGGCGACAACAGACCGACGGUCGGCCUUCUCUUCCCCCGGGAGCAGUGAGCAGGAGUGUUCCUGGCGCUGGGCCUAGAUCUGGUGCUGGUGCUGGAUCUGGUGCGGGAGGGGAGGGGAAGAGUAAAGCCCAGAAGAAGAACGAGAAGCGGAAAGAGAAGAAGCGGGAAAAAGAGCCUGUUGCCUCUUCUCCCUCUUCUGCUGUAGGAGGGGCGGUGGGAGUCGGAGAGAAGAAGCAGGAAGUGGUCAAAGACGCGUGGGACGAGGAAGACGUGCGGGCGGAAACGGAAACGAGGCGUGAGCAAGCGGAUGCCGAGGUGCUCAAGCUUGCUGAGGAGCUGGAGAAGAAGGCCAAGGUGUAGCGUACGUGUUAUGGCUCGGGGCGCUUCGUCCCUUCGUCCCGUCGUCACUUCGUCACUUUGGUUGUGAUCUGUGUUGGCGCUCGGCGCUCGACGCUGCUCUAUCAUUACGUCUCUGUAUCAGUGGGCAAUAGGCACACGACCAGUGCGGCGCGCAGCCAGUAGCUAGUACUUCUAUCUCAUGUUGUAUUCCACUCCCUCUAUCUCAUGUUGUAUUCUA